AUGGCACAAAUUCAUAACAAUGGCAACUCCAAAUCUUCAGUCAAAAUCCCCAAAAUCAAGUUCACCAAGCUCUUCAUCAAUGGAGAAUUUGUCGAUUCCGUUUCAGGAAGAACGUUCGAGACGAUUGAUCCACGAACAGAAGAAGUGAUUGCGAAUGUUGCAGAAGGAGAUAAAGAAGAUGUCGAUUUAGCUGUUAAAUCUGCUCGUUUUGCCUUCGAUCAUGGUCCUUGGCCUCGCUUCUCUGGAUCCGAGAGGGGAAGGAUAAUGAUGAAAUUUGUGGAUUUAGUCCUUGAAAACCUAGAAGAAUUAGCAGCAUUGGACGCCAUUGAUGCUGGCAAGGUGUUCGAGCAAGGGAAGGCCAGGGAUAUUCCUUUUGCAGCCAGCAUUCUUCGAUAUUAUGCUGGUUCGGCGGAUAAAAUCCAUGGAAAGACGAUGAAAAUGGCGAACCAACUGCAAGGGUACACAUUGCACGAGCCCAUCGGUGUCGUUGGCCAUAUUAUCCCGUGGAACUUCCCGAUCAGCAUGUUCUUUUUCAAAGCUAGCCCGUCGAUGGCUGCAGGGUGCACCAUGGUGAUCAAACCGGCUGAGCAGUCUCCCCUUUCGGCUCUUUUCUGUGCCCAUCUAGCUAAACUGGCAGGUGUCCCUGAUGGGGUCAUUAAUGUGAUAACCGGAUUUGGAACAACUGCCGGAGCUGCCGUCAGCUCCCAUAUGGAUAUUGACUGCGUGAGCUUCACUGGGUCGGCUGAAGUAGGACGACUCGUAAUGCAAGCUGCUGCAACGAGUAAUUUGAAAUCAGUCUCUCUCGAGCUCGGAGGAAAAUCCCCUCUCAUAAUCUUCGACGACGUGGAUGUUGAUUCAAUCGUCAAUCUUGCUAUUUUGGGCAGUUUUGCUAACAAGGGCGAAUUUUGCGUGUGUAGCUCCAGGAUCUUCGUCCAAGAAGGGAUAUACGAAGAAUUCAUAACUAAGUUUGUGAAAAGCGCAAAAGAGAUAACCGUUGGUGAUCCCUUUGAGCCUAAAACUCGUCAAGGACCUCAAGUUGAUAAGCAACAACACGAGAAAAUACUUUCAUAUAUCGAACAUGGAAAGAGACAAGGUGCAACGUUGCUAACCGGUGGAAAGCCAUGCGGGGAAAAGGGAUAUUAUAUCGAGCCAACAAUCUUCACAAACGUAACGGACGAUAUGCUUAUCGCAACAGAUGAAAUUUUUGGCCCUGUUAUAUCGGUCUUCAAAUUCAAGACGAUUGAAGAGGUGAUUGUGAGAGCAAAUUCAACACGCUACGGUUUAGCGGCUGGGAUUGCGACUAAGGACUUGAACAUAGCAAACACGGUAUCAAGAUCGCUUCGAGCUGGUAUCGUUUGGAUCAACUGUUAUUUAGCGUUCGAUGCAGAUGCACCUUAUGGAGGUUAUAAAGGAAGCGGAUUUGGAAGAGAAUUUGGAAUGGAAGGGUUAUACAAAUAUCUACAAGUUAAAUCUGUUGUCACUCCGAUUCAUAAUUCUCCUUGGCUAUAA